GUGUUUAUUGUGGAUGCAGACUAAGCGUACAAAGAAGGCCGGAAUCGUUGGCAAAUACGGAACAAGAUAUGGUGCCAGUCUGCGAAAACAGAUCAAGAAGAUGGAAAUCAGUCAGCAUUCCAAGUACUUCUGUGAAUUCUGUGGAAAGUAUGCCGUGAAGAGGAAGGCCGUUGGAAUUUGGGGAUGCAAAGACUGUGGCAAAGUGAAAGCUGGUGGUGCCUACACAUUGAACACCGCUAGUGCAGUCACCGUGAGAAGUACCAUCCGAAGGUUGAGGGAGCAGACAGAAAGUUAGAGCUUCUUUUUGUUCUUGAAGAAGAGUAGCUGUUUAUCUAUCUAUACAGUAAAAGGUUUCUUAUUUUGUUUUAAUAUUAGUAGCUUGAUAUGGUUAUCCUACAUUUCGCAAUUUAGAUGUUUAUCUCUUUCUAGAAGUAGUCAUGUUUAAAUUGCUGAA